UUAAAGCCCUUAAACAACUUUGAAACGCGGCUCGGCACCUCCCCACGCAACCUGGCUUGUGGGCGGGGCUUAGAGCGGGCUUCUUCCCGCCUCUUCCCUCAGUUGUGGAGCUCUUAACUCUGCAAGUUUGCUGGCGAUGGAAAGGUUAGCUCGCGCCUCAGGAGCCGCAACCCGGAGAACUUGAACCCGAGCAGAUGGACUGCUAAAGGCCGGUUCGCCGCCAAGGAUGGGCGAGGGAGGAGGUGCCGAGAGUAGUAAAUGUACUGUGUGUCUUCACUUGAUGAGCGGAUGAGCUGAAGCAUCCUUCCCACUCCAGCCUGUUCAAGCAUGGGACUCAGAUGGUCGGUUGAAGAGGGAGGACGUCUCUUCUGGUGCUCCGUAUCAUUCCCGUAAUUAAUCCAGUUAUGGAUUUAUAUACCAUCUACUUGCAACUAUUUUGGAGAUGAAUUAAAAUGCAGCACACAACGUGCACAGAGGACAGGAUCCACCAUGCACUGGAGAGGUGCCUUCAUGGCCUCAGUAGAAGCACUUUCUCUACUAGCACUUGGACUGCUGGACUUUGUCUGAAUUGUUGGAGUCUCCAAGAGCUUGUUAGUCGUGAUGCAGGGAACUACCUCAUCCUUCUGGAGAAAAUCCUACAAAAGACUCACGAGGUCCAAGAGAAAUGCAACUAUGAUCUCUUUGUUCCUCUGGCCCUGCUCUUCAGCUCAGCUCUUGUAUGCAUACCACACUUACCUUCAGAUUCAGAUUUCCUUCUGAGAGCCAUGAGGACUUACCGUGACUUCCUCACCUGGCCUGUGCCAUACUGCAAUAUCUGCCGGGAGCUACUGACCUUCAUCAGCAAUGAACUCAAAGCCCCAGGAAUUUCAUAUCAGAGGCUGGUUAGGGCAGAGCAGGGACUACCUGCAAAAAGCUGCGAGAGUUCCACUGUAACAGUCCUGUUGCUGAACCCUUCAGAGGUUGAUGGGGAAUUCAUAUCAGUUGCCGAAAAGCUGAGCACAGCAGAGCAUUCACAGCACAUGGUACUAGUGACGCUCCUAGAACAUAUCUACCAAGCCAACUUUGGGACCAAAUGUGACCUGAAAAGUCUACGUCAAGUUCUAAAGAUGAAACCUCUGGAAGAGCUCAUGGAGAUAUUUACCAGCAGCACAGAAGCCCAGGAGAUGGCAGCUCUGACCAGCAAUGACCCUUCCACAGCUAGGGAACAGCUGGAAUCUGCUUUGCUGGAGAUUGCGGAGGCAGCUGGGCUGCCUGAAAUCACAGGGGAAGCCCAACCAUGUAAGCUCCAACUGAUCCCCAUCCCUGUUGCCCGGUGUUACACCUACAGAUGGGAUACAGAUAACUUUGACAUCUUGAAUGAGGUACUAGACAAAGAGGGGGACUUCCCAAAGCCAGUAGUUUUGGAAGAUGAGGAGGAAGAGGAGGCUGACAGUUGCUCCCUAGAAAGGGCGUCUUUGUUGUCCUCUCUGGCUUCUGUCUCGAAGGAUUCUGUGUAUUCAGAGUUGUUGGAGGACAGCCCCCGUGACUCGCGGGUGUCUGUCAUCUCCACUGUUUCCAAAGACUCUGAGCUCUCAUUGGCCUCUAAAAAGUCCUUGAAGUCCUUUGUCUCUAGCCUGAAAGACUGCAUGGACAGCGGCUAUGUGGAGGACAGUGAUGAAAGCUCCCUAGAGCCGAUGGGCUGCUUGGAUCCAAAGGAGGAGAAGGUAUCUCCCAGGCAUCGGCAUCGCCUGAGCAACAAGAUCAUGAAGUUGUUCAAGAGCAAGAGCCAGCUGAUCCUGGGCAGAGAUCUCAGGGACGUUUCUGAGAUAGCGUCAUUGUCGCUGCCACUGCGCAGAGCAGAGAGCCUCUGCAACCCUGUGGCCAAGGACCGCAUCCCAACACGCUCCCGGCGGGCACACUCUCUGCCACAGCAAGCACUGAGCACUACACUUCUGCAGAACCGCAUGCCACAGAAUGCCUGUGUCCAACGCCGGCCCUUCUUGAGCUGUGACGAGGAUACUAAGAUAUCCACACUGCGAGUGGUUGUGUUCGGCUCUGACCGCAUCUCAGGGAAAGUGGCCCGGGCUUACAGCAAUCUUAAAUCUCAAGAAAGCAGCUGCCCCUGGCUGACUCGGUACUUCAGACUGCAGUUCUACUAUGUCCCUGUGAAGAGGAGUGGCCCUACCCCAUUUGCACUGACCUACCCUCCUCCUUCUCCGGGAGAUCCUCCUUCCCGUGCCUGUGGAACAAUGGAUCCUAGUUUGACAGGGAUGGAGAGCAGCACAAAUGAUCUCUCAAUCUACAUAGGUAUGCUGGAUCCAUGGUACGAGCGCAAUGUUCUUGGUCUAAUGAACCUUUCCACAAAUGUUCUAUGCCAGCAAUCUGCCAAACCUGAGAGUGAACCCCUAGAAGAAACAGCAGAACAGCUUCCCAUCCUUGCUGACAUGAUUCUUUAUUACUGUCGCUUUGCUACCCGCCCAGUGCUGCUGCAGGUCUACCAGACAGAGUUCACCUUCAUUGGAGGAGGGACAAGGACCGAGAUCUUCAUCCACUCCCUAGAGCUGGGCCACUCAGCAGCAAUACGGGCCAUCAAAGCCUCAGGUCCAGGUAGCAAGCGGCUGGGCAUAGACGGAGACAGAGAAGCAAUCCCACUAACAUUACAGAUUGCCUACAGCAAGAGAGCUGUCAGUGGAAGGAGCUGCUGGAAUGACAUGGAGAAGGUCUGCACGACCAUCAACCUCAGCAAGACUUGUAAGAAGCAAGAAGAGCUUGAUUUGAAAACCGAAUGUUUGACCCUCACUGCCACAGAGGUAAUCAAGAGGCAAAGCUCCAAGUCUAAGAAGAGUUUCAAUCAGCAAAUCAGUGUGUCCCAGAUGAAAGUGGACAAGGUCCAGAUCAUUGGAGUGAACUGUUCUUUUGCGGUAUGUCUGGAUCAGGAUGAGCGGAAGAUUCUACAGAGUGUCACCAGGUGUGAAGUCUCUGCAUGCUACAAGCCCAAGAUCAGUGAGCCCUGCAUUAGGGAGAGACCCUCUUCAUUUUUGCCAUCCCAAGAUUCCUCUGACUUCUGCUCUCUUCUCUGUUUGCCCAUUGCCACUUUCAGUGGGGCACUGCCCUAGGGAAGCCAGAAAGGAUGGAGUGAGUGAUCCACUUCUGCCUCUCAGUGCUGAGCAAUGUUGCUCCCAGGCAUCCCAUGGAUCUUAACAUCAUCUGGAAGAGGAAAACCUCCGUGCAUGUUUUUCCUCUGAUGCUGGAUGGCUUCAGUUCAGGAGGUUCAGGACACAGUAGCCCUCCCAGAUCUGGCAAACAAUCAAUUGAUUAUCCUGGAAUGGAAGGCUUUGGCUUCUUACGGGAAAGCAUAAUAACCACCAUCCUUGUUUUUUCCCAUGAGUGCUGUUGAGAAGAUGUUACAGAUAAUGGCAUGAAGGUGAGAAGAACACAUCUGAAAUGCAGAGAGUGGGGGUGGGAAAGUUUGUCUGGCCAAUUUGUGCUGAAGUGUUGAACUUCAUUUGGUGUGAGAGAAUUGCAGCUUUCUGCUUCCCUUUUAAACAGGGCAUCCUUGACGUGAGUGGUGCUUACCACUCUACAAACUAGCCCAUGUCCAGAGGUGUUUUUGACAGUCGGAGCUGAACGGAGCUUGUGGGCUUACACUUUGCUGCCAUUCACAAAUUGCAGAGACUGCACACUGGCUUUUUCCUCUGAUAAAUUUGCCUGAUGCUUGAGCUGUUGGUUAGGGUUGCCAGGAGCCAGAGUUUGGAGAUCUUGGGGAGGCGGGGUGGAGAGAGGCAGGAAAGGAACUCAUUGAGCCAUUUGCCCUAUGCUCCUUACCAAUUAUGUGCCUGUGUAUGCACUAAGUGAAACUGAACAGCAAAUUGGAACAGGGAACAAGGAGCAAAAUGCUUUCACAUGGAAUGGCAUCAUUUGAUGAUAAAUAUUAGAUUAUGCAGUUGGCUUCUCUGUAUAAAAUAUUGGAAAAGAAAACACUAAUACCCACUUUUAUAGUGGUUGGUGUGUACCCUGCCCCUUAGAGGUGGGAGGGGAGCCUUUGAAAGAAACAUGUUCUGUUUGUCUCACUUCCCACAGGAUAGUCAGCUCUGGGUGGUUCUUACUUACCAAUGGUUUUGUUCCAGGUAUGGGAAACUUUUGUUCCUUUCAGGUGGAGUUGGACCCUGCUUCCUGUGGGCCUCAGCUAGUAUUGCCAGUGGUCAAGGAUGAUGGGAGUUUGGAGUACAACAUCAUCUGAAUGGCCACAGGUUCCCUAUUCCUGGUAUAGGGGAAUACAAGGUGUUGUGUGCUCUUGCAUUCCAGAUUUGUGACACCCAAGCAGAAUUGUUUCAAGAGACACCUUCACAGAAUCGCGAAUGGGUGAUUGCUAUAACUAAAGAAGCCAUAAUCAAGAACUGAAAAAGAACUACUGUGGUCUCUCAUGUUCUGUAGCAGUGAUGAGAAACCUAUGGUCCUCCAGAGGAUGUUGGAUUCCAACCCCCACCAUCCCUCAUCAUAAGCCAUGCUGGGUGGGACUGAUGGGAGGUGGAAUCAAACAACACCUGUCAGGCCACAGGUCUAUAGUGAGACCACUUUGUUUCUGAAGGAAACCAAUGUCCACCCGAGAAAUGGAGAUGGCACUGAGGUUCAUUUUAAUUAUCUUCUUACUUGAAUUAAGCCAUUUUAGAAAUGUUUAAUAACAACGCAUGCUGUUUACUUGCUUGAUUUUGAGGGAAGGAUGCAAAUGGACAGAACACAUACGUGUUGCCCAAAUGUAUAAAAGAAAAACUCAGGGGUGUGUGUGUGGGGUGUGUGUCUAAUGAUCUUUUUAUUCUUAUUGAAAACACACAUGAUCAUUUUGCAUAAUAGUUCUAGAAUCUUUUCUCUGGAGGUGGAGGGUGAGAUAGAUGAAAAAUCCUACUUGCUUUAGGAAGAACCCAGGGCUAGGUGCAAUGUAGCUUAUUCAGAACAUCAGCUAGUAGUUCAGUUAUCAAGAAACAUGAAUCAAGAAUCGGGGGGAAAUGUCAGGUCUCAAAUUCUCCCCUAGAAAGCUGCCAGGAAGCCACGCACACACAAGCCAUCUGGGAUACCACAAAGGGAUGCUUUUAAGAGCAGUGUGUUUUCUGAUUGGGGAGUGUAUGUACUCGCAAAAGCACUGAUUUUAUUCUUUGGCUAAGGAGCUGUUUUCAAGUUAUAAUCUUAACACCUUACCCUCUCAAGAUGACCACAACAUAUCUGAUAUAAAUAGUCUGGCUGUAAAGCAAUUUGCAGCAAUAAAAAGCAGCAUGAUGCACUGUGGUUGGCAGUAGCUGCUUGUGAGUUAAGAAGUUUUUGGAAACGGAAGUGUAUGCAUUAUAAGUGCCAAGGCUUCCACUGAAAUUGGGUAACUUUGUGUGUUGAAGCAGUUCCUUAUUGAAUGCAAGAGUUGCUUCCUGGGGUGAAGCUGUACAUAACCAGCCGUGUAAAUGUCAUACCAUGACCUAAUUUUAUAAAAUAUUGUUAAGAUAUAUUUUAAUGGAAAUUGUAAAUGUAUUUGAAAUAAAGCCACAUUUUCAUAAAUCAUGACUAUACAUUAAAAA